GGGGUUUGCCCUGGGCCGCUGUCGGUCAGGUCCGCCGCCCCUGACAGCUCUGGAAGCCUCAGGCGCGACAGGGGUGCCCUCACCUCGGGACAUCCACUCACCGACCGCGCCUGCUCCAGCGGAAACCGCUGCGUUCGCCUGGCCCGGCGCCGCGCAGCAAAGCCCGAGAGCUGGCCUCUACUCGAAGGUUGAACCAGCCAAAUUUUCAAGACAGCUCACGGCUUAGAGGAAGGCUCAUCUAAAUAAAGGCUGGCUAAAGUGACAUCACAGGGAUUUAAUCCUUCUCUGGCUGCCUGUGUGACUAGAAGGCUGAUUUGCAAGUUUCUUCUUUCCUGGGGUCCAGAUUAAUAGGUAUCCAGGGCUCUGCGACAUGGCAGCAAGAGAAGCACGAAAUGAAGGUCAGAAAUGAGCUCCAGGAGCAGGGACCUGGGGGCCUCCCAGGGGCUUUUACACACCAGAGUGCAAGAUUUUCUGGCCAUCAAGGGGAAUAGCAAACAGAAGCCUUUGUCCUGGGGCACAGCCACCUACCACAAAGCAUCAGACUCCACGUGUGGCCAGAAAGUUCCUGGAGUCCCAUCAGGGCAGUGGGUAUGUAACAUGUGCCUAAUUGUACAGCUAGAGCUUACAAGUUCAACGUGAGGGAAAGUGGGAUAUGUCUUGAGUGAGGCGAGCAGCUACUGGCUGGGCUGGGCAGUCUUGGGUACCAGGUUCACUGCCCUCCUCUCACUGAAGCUGACAGGGAGGUUGCCCAGCUCUCAGGAAAACUCUCUUGGACUCUGGGCACCUGCUGUCCUCAGUUGGCAUCUCCCACCCACUAAACCUCUUCUGCUCCUCCAAAACCUGUCCUUGAUUGGUGGCUCUUUGCUGAGAUGGAGACGUGAGUCCCCGUUGACGAUGACUGCAGUGUACACGAAUGGAGGUGGCCUGGUGAACCCCCACUAUGCCCGGUGGGAUCGGCGUGACAGCGUAGAAAGUGGCUGUCAGACCGAGAACAGCAAAGAGGGCGAGGAGGGACAGCCCCGCCAGCUGACGCCCUUCGAGAAACUGACACAGGACAUGUCCCAGGAUGAGAAGGUGGUGAGGGAGAUCACGCUGGGGAAACGGAUAGGCUUCUACCGAAUUCGAGGGGAAAUCGGAAGUGGAAACUUCUCCCAAGUGAAGCUCGGGAUUCACUCCCUAACCAAAGAAAAGGUGGCCAUUAAGAUCCUGGACAAGACUAAGUUAGACCAGAAAACCCAGAGGCUGCUAUCCCGUGAAAUCUCCAGUAUGGAAAAGCUGCACCAUCCCAACAUCAUCCGCCUUUACGAAGUCGUGGAGACCCUAUCCAAGCUGCACUUGGUGAUGGAGUAUGCAGGGGGUGGGGAGCUCUUCGGGAAAAUUAGCACUGAGGGGAAGCUCUCUGAACCAGAAAGCAAGCUCAUCUUCUCCCAGAUUGUGUCUGCCGUGAAGCACAUGCAUGAAAACCAAAUUAUUCAUAGAGAUCUGAAGGCAGAAAAUGUAUUCUAUACCAGUAAUACUUGUGUGAAGGUGGGCGAUUUUGGAUUCAGCACAGUAAGUAAAAAAGGUGAAAUGCUCAACACUUUCUGUGGGUCUCCUCCCUACGCUGCGCCUGAACUCUUCCGGGACGAGCACUACAUUGGCGUUUACGUGGAUAUCUGGGCCUUGGGGGUGCUUUUGUACUUCAUGGUGACUGGCACCAUGCCAUUUCGGGCAGAAACUGUGGCCAAACUAAAAAAGAGCAUCCUGGAAGGCGCAUACGGUGUACCGCCGCACGUGUCAGAGCCCUGCCACCGACUCAUCCGAGGAGUCCUUCAGCAGAUCCCCACGGAGAGGUACGGGAUUGACUGCAUAAUGAAUGAUGAAUGGAUGCAAGGGGUGCCAUACCCUACACCUUUGGAACCUUUCCAACUGGAUCCCAAACAUUUGUCGGAAACCAGCACUCUCAAGGAAGAAGAAAAUGAGGUCAAAAGCACUUUAGAACAUUUGGGCAUUACAGAAGAGCACAUUCGAAAUAACCAAGGGAGAGACGCUCGCAGCUCAAUCACAGGGGUCUACAGAAUCAUUUUGCAUAGAGUCCAAAGGAAGAAGGCUUUGGAAAGUGUCCCUGUCAUGAUGCUACCAGACCCUAAAGAAAGAGACCUCAAAAAAGGGUCCCGUGUCUACAGAGGGAUAAGACAUACAUCCAAAUUUUGCUCGAUUUUAUAAAUUACACCAGACUACUGGUAAUUAACCGAGACCAUUGUUGCUGCUUUUAAAUUUUUUUCAAGGACAACUUGAGUGGAGACAUUUUUGUAACUUUUAAAUAAAUUUAAAUUUGAGAUAUGCAUUUUUUUUUCCUCCAAAAA